UCUGACCAGAAUAGAUGUGCGUCAGUAGUGUACGGGAGUUUCGAAGCGUUAUAGGAAAAAGGCCGCCGUGGCCGCUCUCAGGUUCCUCUCUAGCGCCGGAAAGCAAUCGAAUUGACCUCAUAUUUUCGCGAAAACGCGCUUGUAACUAAUUCGAUAUGAUUAACACAAUCCGUCUAGUAUCUCGACAUAGUCUUUCUCAAUUCCGCCGAUUUCAUAGAUGUAUUAUUCGACAAGCGGAAUCGAGUGCAGCGGUAGCAACAGAAGCCGCACCACCAGCACCUCCUCCAUCUGGCACUAACAAGCUAGUAGAUCCAAAAAUCGACAAAAUAGCCAAUGACAUCACUGCUCUCAAUCUUAUAGAAGUAGCAGAGCUCAGUGAUCUAUUAAAGAAACGACUGAAUCUGCCAGAUGCACCUAUGAUGCCUGUUGGAGGAUUUGUUGCCCCAUCUCAGGCUGCUGAAGAAGAAGAGGAAACACACAAGCAUGUACAAACAGAAUUCACUGUUAAGUUGACUGGAUUUGAUGAGAAACAGAAAGUGGCGUUGAUCAAAGAAGUGAAGAGCUUGUUACCGGACACAAAUCUUGUUCAGGCGAAAAAGUUUGUUGAGAGUGCACCCACAGUAGUAAAGGCGGACGUAUCAAAAGAUGAAGCAGAGAAAUUACGAGACGCUCUCACAAAGGUUGGUGCUACAAUCGAAAUUGUAUAAUUCGUACAUGUGAAUACAUACAUUGUUACGUAUCUGUAAUGUUAUAAUAAAAAUUUACAUUCACCUCACA